UUACUUUGUUUUUCAGUUUUCCUGAAUUAAAUAUAUAUUUCUUCUCUAAGCAAAUAUAAAUAAAAUGUGGUUACAACAGAUAUUAUUGCUGUCUGGUUUAGUUACUUUGUGUUUCUCCCUGGACAAUGGUUUAGCAAGAACCCCGCCCAUGGGCUGGCUUACAUGGACUAGAUUCAGCUGCAAUACCAACUGUGAGCAGGACCCAGAUUACUGUAUUAGUGAGAAACUAGUAAUGCAGAUGGCUGACCAUAUGGCAAUGGAUGGCUACAAGGAGGCCGGUUAUGAGUAUGUUUGUCUAGAUGAUUGCUGGCUAGCUGCGGAGAGAGAUGUGUUUCACCAACUUCAACCAGAUCGUAAACGUUUCCCACACGGCAUGAAAUAUCUAGCUGACUAUGUGCAUUCUAAAGGUCUAAAACUAGGGAUUUAUGAAGAUUUUGGAACCAAAACAUGUGCAGGAUUUCCUGGAAGUGAAUUCUACAUGGAAUUAGAUGCUAAAACAUUUGCUGAAUGGGGCAUAGAUCUUCUAAAGUUUGAUACUUGUCACUCUGAUGCACGUGAAAAUAAAUAUGGAUACCCAGCAAUGUCAAUGUACUUGAAUCAGACCAAUCGUAAAAUUUUAUAUUCAUGUGAGUGGCCAUAUGGAGAGUUACAGCUCAAUGCUUCAAUACAAACAGAUUAUAGUGCUGUAAGAACAUCAUGUAACACAUGGAGGAAUUUCUGGGAUGUCAGUGAUGAUUUUAACAGUGUAAAGAGUAUUGUGGGAUUCUAUGGCAAGAAUAAUGCACUGUUCCAGAAAUACUCGGGUCCAGGGGGAUUCUUUGAUCCAGAUCAGGUGUUGGUUGGUGGUUUUGGAAUGAGUCAUUAUCAACAGAGAGCACAGAUGGCUAUGUGGGCAAUGUUCUCUGCUCCAUUGAUCAUGUCAAAUGACUUAAGAAGCAUACCAGCUGAAGCCAAACAAUUACUACUAAACAAAUAUAUCAUAAGUGUUGAUCAGGAUCCACUUGGUACUAUGGCAACCAAACUUUGGGAGUUUAACGGACUUCAGCUGUGGGUUAAACCUAUAGUACCUACAGGAAGUCUAGCUAUAGCUUUCUUCAAUUCAAAUAACUACGGUAGCGGGACACCAUUAGUUUCUGUAGCCAGUGAUUUAGGCAUGGCAGACGCUAGAGGCUAUCAAGUGACAGAAGUAUUUGAAGGAACAGAUUUAGGAACUUUGAAGCCAGAUUCUAAACUAAGUAUACGUGUAAAUCCAGAUGAUGUUUAUAUGAUUAUAUGUAAAAUUUUGAGUUAAAAAAAUAAACCAAAUUUGUGUUUACUUUGAUCACUUGUAACACAGAUUCGAAUUAACUUUCUAGAUAUCUUUUUGUUGUUUAAAUUGAAUCAUUUGGAAAUUGUAUGUGGUUAAUUAGGGAAAAAAUUUGACAGUAAAUGAGUCAGUGGUUAUCAAAAUAGCGUUAUAUUACAUAUAUAGCGUUAUAUUACAUAUAUACUAUUUUUCCUUUAGUUAUUUAACUAUCACAAAAGACAACAUAUUUGAAACUCAGGAACAACAUACCUUAUGGCAUUUUAAGUUUACAAUUAUGAAGUGUAGUUGUACAUUUUAAUUUUGUACCACAUAACCCUUACAAUACUUUUCUGAACACUGAAUACCUCGUUGUAAUUAUGAGUUUCAUUUUGAAAUAUGACAUUAACGCCUACAUGACAUUAACCUCCAAUGUAAAUUCUUUAAAAAUCAUGAAUUUUUACCAAAACUUAGUUGUUUU